UUUGCGGACUGCAGAAGUCUACGGGGUGGUUGAGCUGCUAAGGGCGCGGGAUGGUGCUGGGCCGGGUGAGGGCGGUGUUCCUGGACUUGGACAACACGCUGAUCGACACGGCAGAGGCGAGUAGGAGAGCCAUGUUGGAGGUGUCCAAACUAUUAAUGUCAAAAUACCAGUACGAAGAAGCAGAAGCCUUUAUCAUCAGUGAAAAAGUCCAAGUUAGGUUCAGCCAGGAGUGCUACAGAAAGUCCAAAUUGUCCAUUACUGAUCUAAGGAUUUCACAUUGGGAAAAAGCUAUUCAAGAAACAAAAGGUAGUGAGCCCAGCCGGGAACUAGCUAAAGAAUGUUAUCUCCUGUGGAAAUCUACACGUCUUCAGCAUAUGACUUUAUCAGAAGAAGUAAAAAGCAUGCUAAUUGAACUUCGAAAGGAUGUCCGCCUCCUUCUGUUGACUAAUGGUGAUACACAGACACAAAGGGAGAAGAUUGAAGCUUGUGGCUGUGAACCAUAUUUUGAUGCUAUUGUUGUAGGUGGAGAGCAAGAGGAAGAGAAACCAGCACCAUCUAUAUUUUAUCACUGCUGUGAUCUCCUUGAGGUACAGCCAGGAGACUGUGUGAUGGUUGGGGAUACUCUAGAAACAGAUAUCCAAGGAGGCCUUAAUGCCGGCUUGAAAGCAACAGUUUGGAUAAAUAAAAAUGGGAUUGUGCCCCAGAAGCAGUCCCCAGUACCUCACUAUGUUAUUUCUUCUGUGCUAGAGUUAUAUGCAGUCUUAAAGAAAAUAGAUUACCUACCCACUGUGUCAGCUUAAUAAAUAUAAAAAGAGACAUUAAGAAUUUCAGAGUCAGACCUUAAGUUUCUGCUGGGAAUGAGUUAGAGGUACAUAUCUUCUUUUAGUCUUGUAGGUUCCAAAUCAGGAACAUAUAUAAUUCAAUAAUUUAUUUUAAAAAGUCAAUUAUCACUUUUCCUUUGAGAA